AAGAGAUCGAGUGUAAUAAUAGGGGAAGAAAGAUGAAGUUUAUCGGACUCCUCCUCCUCCUCCUCUCAUUCUCUUUGGCUUCAAUUUCUUCACUCGCCUCCACCAAUCAGACAACUCCUGAUCACUUCUCUAUCUCUUUGCAAUGGCCGCGGAGGAAAUGUGGGAGCGAAGGCAAGGGGGGGGAGUGUUGCCUCCCCAAGAAAGGGAAGCCUCCUCUAAAUGAUUUCAUCAUUUCUGACUUCCAACCCGUUAUUGCCAGCCUCGGACUCGUCCCUUCUAAUUGUAGCACCACUACCAAAUAUCAGCCAUCUAAGAUUGCAGAUUUAGUUCCAAGUUUGGAGAAGAAUUGGCCAUCUCUGAGCUGCCCCAGCAGGGACAGCAAGAAUCUAUGGAGAGAAAAGUGGGUCGAGUCCGGAACCUGUUCAGAAUCACUUCUAAAUCAGCACGAUUACUUUGCGGCCGCCCUAAGGGUGCAAAAGCAAAUCAAUCUCCUCAAACUCUUGGCCGAUGCAGGAAUAAAGGCGAAUGGAACGUACUACCCGGGAGAGGCAAUCAAUAAGGCGAUAAGGAAAGCGGGACUAGGGGAUGCGGCAGUGACGUGCAGGGAAGACGAGAAAGGGCUUACCACAGUUCUGGACAAGAUCAUGUUGUGUGCUGAUACAAAGGGAAACAAGCACCGUUGCCCUGGCUCUGCUUUCUGGAUAUGCGAUAGUAGAAACGGAAAUGCCGUCCUCUUCCCCUCCCUCUAGCCAGAACAGCUUCGCCUACGUACCCACGCUGCAUUCGUGCAUAUUUAUUUCCCCCAUCCCAUCCCCGUUUAAGUACGUUCAACAAUAAUCAAUAACGGCCCGGUUAGAUCGAUUGUCUCUCCGGUGCGUGGAGUGUCGUCGAACAAUAAAAUAAUAAUUAAUUAAAACUUAUUUUCUUGGUUUUUCUCGUGUGAAUGUGUAUGCUGGCUUCCUUAGCUUGGCCAUAUGGCAUGCAAACUAAAAACCAACUAUGAAUGCAUUCCUUUUUUUGUUUUUGUUUUGGGAGAGGAUAUUUUACUAUAUAUUCCAAUGAAAAAAAUUUGUCCGU